UUGAGUCUUCUUACCUCUUCUCAAGGUGAGCUGCAAUGGCAACCAUGGCGACAAUGAAGGGAGCCUUCGGUUCAUUGAAGGAGAUUGGUGACAUUGUGGGGAAUUUUGAUUUCAGCAAGAUUGAUGUGCGUUCCAAGAGUGCUGAGGAUUACCUCCACACCAACCUGGCACCAUCGUUUGGGGCAUUGAAUGCAGAAACAGUGAAGAAGAUGGAUGAGGUUCUCAAGGUUUGCAUCUCGGGAACCACCACUCUUCUCGCCAAAGUGCCACCAGAAGAGCGAACUUGGGAGAAGGUCAACUCCAUGUUCAUGCAAAACCCCCUGGUUGAGCCAAUGGGCGAUGGGGUUAGCAGAGCUGACAAGUUUCUGAACAAAAGCUCUAACGACUUCAAGUUUGACGGGUCACCGGAUGCAGCUAUUGUGAGAGCGGUUCAGACCUGGUUUGUGAAUCUCAUUGCAGAUGAGGACGUCCUGAAAUCAACCAAGAUCGACAUUGAAGUUCUUGGGCGCAUUGUUGCUCAGUCAGGGGCGACCAUUAACAGCUUUGAAACUUUCUUUGCCAAGCAUGAGCAUCACGAGAAGACCAUAAUUGACAUUGGGGUCUUAAGGUACCCUGAUAUGCAAAACCCGUACUUCAAGGUGUACCGCAUCAAACUCUUUGCUUGGUCUGAUAGCAACCGUAUUCUGUUCCAUCAGGAGGAUUCCAAUGGCAUCACUGGAGAGUUCACCUUCCGUAAGUUUAAGCCACGCAAGGAGGUCAUUGACAAGAUGAACCCAGACGCCAAAAAGAAGGCUGUGGAAGCUGCAGAUAACAUCUUUGGUUUCUAAUAUCCAAGCUAUGUCAAUCGAGCCAAGAUGCCCCCUGCUUCAAGCUAAAACAUCUUUCUAAAUAAUAAUCAAGUCCCUCAUGACUUUCAUUUA